UUAUGAAUUUCGAAACAGUGCGUCAGCGGUAAAUGUAUUUUUUUUUUAAAAGUUAAUGUUAAUUUCAAGUUAAUAAAUGUUAAUAGGUUUUUAUUCAAAAUAGACUAUGACAGAUAUUUUAGAGAAUUUACAAAACAUAAGUUGCUGUGUUUGUGGUAGUAUCAUACCAGCCAAUCCAACAGGACAAUGUUCGUUUUGUUUAACGAAUUCUGUUGAUAUAACUGAAGGAAUUGAGAAAAAUUUAGUUUUACCGUUUUGUCGCCACUGUAAUCGUUAUCAAAGACCCCCUUGGUUAAAAUGUGACUGGGAAAGUAAAGAACUUUUAGCAUUAUGUUUAAAACGUAUUCGAGCAUUACAAAGUUUACGUGAAAUUAUUCUAGUCGAUGCCGCUUUUCAAUAUACCGAGCCCCACAGUCGUCGUAUAAAAGUACGAUUGACUCUUCAAAAAGAAAUUGUUCCUGGAGCUAUUCUCGAGCAUAACUGUAUCGUUGAAUACGUUAUUCAACCAACACAAUGUGAUGAGUGUAAAAAAGCUUUCACACCGCAUACAUGGGCAGCUGUUGUUCAAAUUCGACAAAAAGUUCAACAUAAACGUUCCUUGAUGUAUUUAGAACAAGUGAUCUUAAAACAUAAAGCUCAUGAAAAUACACUUAAAAUUACUGAGUCUCCUGAUGGCAUGGAUGCCGAAUUCUCUUCCAUCUCAAACGCUCAAAAAUUCGCAGAAUUCGUUCAAUGCCAUUUAUUAACACGAAGUAAAAGUUCAAAGCAAUUGGUAUCUCAUGAUUCAAAAUCAAAUACUGCUUUUUAUAAGCAUACCCUUCUGGUUGAUAUUUGCCCUAUAUGUAAAGAUGAUUUAGUGUUUGUUCCACCGAAAAUAUGUACUUCUAUUUAUGGUGGAAUUUCUAAUUUUCUACUGUGUGCUCGAGCCACUACUACCCUUCAAUUGGUUGACCCUUUUUCUCAUCGUUCUCUCAUUGUCGCGGAAGACAAAUUUUGGAAACAUCCUUUUUCUAGUAUUUUAACACGACGUCAUUUAACAUCUUUUGUGGUUCUUAAUAUUGAAACGGUCAGUCAAUCGCAUGAAACGAGUUCGACUGCCACUAAACGGUCUUUAACACGAUGCGGGAAAAUCAAAAAAAAAAAAAAGCAUGCUUUUUUUCAUGAUUUUAAAGACUCGGAUGCUAUUCUUGACGAAAAGAAACCUAACACAACUUUAACUCUGCCUUUACAUGGCGUAGCAUACAUUCAGAUCGCUCGACUUUCCGAUUUCGGUGUUAAUGAUUUACAAUACAAUGUUCGUUCUCAUUUAGGAGAUGUCUUACGCGUUGGAGAUCAUUGCUCAGGCUAUGAUUUGACAACUCUUAACUUAGGAGGUAGUCACGACGACAUUGGAGUUACCAAUAAGAUACAAGAAGAUGUGAUUUUAGUUCGAAAAAUACGUAAAACUGGUAUGACAAAAAGACCGUGGGUGUUAAAACGCUUAGAUAUGAUGUCUUCAAAUGUUAAACCUAAAAAUUCACAACAUAUGGACUUGGAAGAAUUCAAAUGCGAUUUGGAAGAUGAUGUCGUUUUACAAAAAGAAGUUAAUUUUUAUAAAAACCCAAUAUCUAUAAAUGAUCAACAAGACGAGGAUAAUACUGUAUUGUGUCAUCUUUUGGAGGAUCUCACAUUACAGGAUGAUCCUAAAUUGUUUGCAUAAUAUCAUUGUUUUGAAAGUGAUACUUUGAAAAUAACAAAUAUUUUUGUUUUUUAAAACCUCACCAGCUACAACACUGUUGUUACAGUGCACUAGUAAAAGGCAACAUGAUACAAAAGAAUUUUUUAAAAUGAAUAGUACAA